GUCUCCCCGCCCCCGCCUAUAAAGCCCCGGCCUCCCGUUCCUCCUCUCCGGCGACCACAAGAAGCAAGACUUUGUCCCUACGCACGCACGCACACAAAGCAUCCAUUCGUCCCUCGGUUCCUAAGUCAGCAGAGUUUGUUCGUGUUAGUUGAUCGAUCGACGGUCGUUCCUUUCGUCGCCGACAUGCAGCGGAGCAACUCGUUCGGGACGUCGUGGGCGGACCAGUGGGACACCGGCGCCGACCCGAGCCCGCGGGCGCGCGGCGGCAACGGCGACGGCAAGAAGGGCGGCGUGGAGAAGACCAAGGCGGCCGCGGCCACCGGGCUGAAGAAGGUCAAGGCCGGCACCGCGCAGGGGUUCCAGUGGAUCAAGGACAAGUACCAGAAGAAGAGCGCCGGCAAGAACGGCAAGCAGGGGGGCGGCUCCGAGGUGGCGGCCGGGUACUGACCGAUGAUCCGAGACGUUUCCUUCGUGCGUGUGGAUAUAUAUGGAGUACUAGUCAUGGACCGAUGAUGUUCUUGUUUUAGUGUUGCGGCUACGGACUGCUUAGCUUGCUCUGUUUUUAGCCUUUCUCAUCAUGUACAUAAAUGAAGGAUUUGAUUUUUGUUCUGGUUCUUCAUA